GCUAGCCGUUAGCAUUAUAUGCCGUUGGCAUAUUAGCUUGCUUCAUAACAAAUCACUGUAGAACCUCACUUUUGGUACUUAGCAUUAGCUUGCUAGCAUGCUAACAUUACUAACAUGCUAACUUUUUUGCUGUUGCUCAUAGUCAAUCGCAUGAGUCACUCUGGAACCGCACUUGGGGACCUUUGGACGGUCACGUGACAUGAGAAAGACAAACAAAGAUGAAAUGGUUGGAUCUUUUCGGCCGUCUGAAAGGCGUCGUGAUGGGGAUGAUCCACGUCCAAGCUCUGCCAGGAAGUCCACUGGGACGCAUGAAGAUGUCCGACAUCAUUGAGGAGGCCUGCAAGGAGGCCAGCAUCUACCGUGAUGCAGGACUUGAUGCAGUAAUCUUGGAGAACAUGCACGACGUGCCUUACUCCUUGUCUCCGGGCCCGGAGGUGUGCGCUUGCAUGACGGCGGUGUGCGCGGCCGUGAGGAACGUCUGCCCGGACAUGCCUCUCGGGGUGCAGCUCCUAUCUUCUGCCAACCGGCAGGCGCUGGCGGUGGCUCUGGCUUCAGGUCUGGACUUCAUCCGGGCUGAGGGCUUCGUCUUCUCUCACGUGGCGGACGAGGGCCCAGUCCACGCUUGCGCCGCAGAUCUUUUGCGGUACCGCAAGAUGAUCGGAGCGGAACACGUGCUCGUCUUCACUGAUAUCAAGAAGAAACACAGUUCUCACGCACUGACGGCGGACUUGAGCAUCGAGGAGACGGCUCGGGCGGCAGAGUUCUUCCUCUCAGACGGCCUCAUCGUCACUGGGACAUCCACUGGACAGGAGGCGGACCCCCGGGAGCUCCGAGACGUGUCCCGCUGUGUAACAAUCCCGGUGCUAGUGGGUUCUGGCGUGACGUACGACAACAUGGAGCGCUACCUCGCCGCCCACGGGCUCAUCGUGGGCUCUGAUUUCAAAGAUGGCGGCGUGUGGAGCGCCGGCGUGGACGCCGAGCGUGUGGUGAGGUUCAUGACUAAGAUGCGUCGCCUGCGAGGAGGCGGAGCCCAAAAGGACGAUUUGGCGCCAUUUUAAGAAAGCAGAUUUAUUUUCCUCUUUUUUUGUACAUUUUAUAAAUAGACAGAAAUAAAAAAAGCGGAGUAUUUACACCAUCGAACAGGCGACCAAGU